AUGACUUUUGUUCGAAGUACAACAAUAACUGGAGAACUUUUAUCUACUUGUGGAGGGCAUAAUACAGAACAAGAAACAAUUGAUGCACAGAUUGCUAGUUUAGAAUCGUUAAGUGAUGAAUCUGAAACUUUAUUAAAACAACAAAAAAUUAGAGAAGGUAGUUGGGGAAGUCCUAUAACUACAAAACUUUGUUUAAUUGGAUUAGAUGGGGAUGAAGAAGAAGGAAUAAUUUGUAGAAGAUCGAGUAAUGGAGAAGGAAUAAUUGCAGAAGAUGAACAAACUGAUAGAACAGAUGGAACGAGUUAUUUAUAGUUUAUAUUGAGAGCUUUAAUUUUUUUUAAUUUUAUGAUGCCAUAUGUAUUUAUAAAAUGAUAAAGAUUAAUUAAUUACUUAUAGAUUAACUACUUAUAAAUUAUUAGAGGUGUGCCAGUUUCGCCUUACGCGGAUUUUCGCGUUUUUUGACGUUUCGUCUUUCGCCUUUUAAAUUAACUUUCGAAUUUUGGCGCUUUGCUGUUGGCGUUCUUGCGCAAAACGCGAAAAUAUUAUACACACCUAACGGCGGUCAAAUUAAAAUUUCCUUUAAAUUGGCUUACCGAGAGAAAGAUCCAAGAGAUUCAAGCACACAGAACAACAGGCAGAACAAUCUACAAAGCCUAACAAUAAGAAUGGAGUACAA